UUUAUACACAGCAAAUAUAAAGAGAAAAUUAUAUUCUCAUCAUUACAAUUUUAUAUCUUUUUAAUUAUAGUGGCAGCAGAUAAGGUGGCAUGACUGAGAACAACUACUCUGUGACAGAUGAAUUCAUCCUGGUGGGAUUCUCAGAUCACCCAGACUUGAAGCCCUUCUUGUUCCUGGUGUUCUCUGUCAUCUAUCUGGUCACGACAGUGGGAAAUCUGGGACUGGUGGUCUUAAUCUACAGGGAGCGCCGUCUUCACACACCCAUGUACAUCUUUCUGGGAAACCUGGCUCUCAUGGAUGCCCUCUGCUCCUGUGUUGUAACCCCCAAGAUGCUAGAGAACUUCUUUUCUGUAGAAAAAAAGAUGUCUCUCUUUGAAUGUAUGGUACAGUUCUAUUUUUUCUGUCUUGCUGAAACUGCAGACUGCUUUCUUCUAGCAGCAAUGGCCUAUGACCGCUAUGUGGCCAUAUGCAACCCAUUGCAGUACCACACCAUGAUGUCCAUGAAGCUCUGCCUUCAGAUGAUCACAGGAACCUAUAUAGCAGGAAACCUGCAUUCAAUCAUUCAUGUAGGUUUCCUUUUUAGGUUAACUUUCUGUAGGUCUCAUGUAAUCAAACACUUUUUUUGUGAUGUCUUUCCUUUAUAUAGACUCUCAUGUGUUGACCCCUAUAUCAAUGAAUUGAUGAUACUCAUCUUUUCUGGCUCAAUUCAAACCUUUACCAUUAUUAUAGUCCUGAUUUCAUAUUUAUGUAUCCUUCUUACUAUAUUCACUAUGAAAUCUAAUGAGGGUAAAGGCAAAGCCUUAUCAACUUGUGCCUCCCACUUUCUGUCUGUGUCAAUAUUUUAUGGUGCUCUUCUUUCCAUGUAUGCUCAUCCACAUUCAGCCAAUGAUGGAGAUAAAGAUAUACCUGUAGCUAUUUUCUAUGCCCUAAUAAUUCCUUUACUAAACCCUUUCAUUUAUAGUCUGAGAAAUAAGGAAGUAAUAAGUGUGAUGAAAAAAACCAUGAGGAAGAAAUGA